GUUCGUCACAUAAUAAAUGUCACGUUAGGGGGCUACACAUAAUCUGAACAUAGCACUUGAUUCAUUAAAUGAAAUCGAGUUAAUAAAAUUACAUAAUAUAUAAUGUAAACGAAGCUAUUUACAUCACUGCAAACUAAUGUGCUCAAAUGCCAAAUUUCCCCCAGAGCGGGCUAGCUAGUUCACUGGCAUGCAGUAUUGCAAAGUAUGGUUUUAUGUGAUAGCUUCCAGACGUUAUUUUGAGGGAGAUGUAUUAAGGAAAUAUAACCUUUCACAAAAUAAAUCUAAUCCUAGACGAAAAUGACGUGUCCAAUAGUUUAGCUAGCUACCCUUAUAUGGAAUCGGGACUGGGUAGUAUGCUGUGUAACACGGUUAUAGCUGUUCUCCAGACAAGCACUAUCAGUACGACCCGGUCCGCAGUUUGCCGUGGUUACUGACCACAGAGUGAGCAGAGGAGGUGGACAGGCGGCAUGUCGACUGACGGCCCCACGUUGCCCUCUCCUCCACCUCCACCGGCCCCGCCACCCCCCGCUGUCCUGCCAGUCUCCGGUAAGAAGAAGCUUUACCAGACCAUAGCCGAGGGAAAGUCCCCGGUGCUGGGGGACCACGAGGAAGCUCGGCUUCUGCUCAGACAGAGAGAGGGCAGUUUCAGGCAAGACCUGCAGUGGGUGCUGUUCAACAAAUACGUGCCUUCCCUCAUUCAGGAUGGACCACAGUGUGGUCUGGUGGCGUUGUGGAUGGCUGCACAGCUACUGCAGCACCCACUGGGCGUGUCCAUGGAGACGGUGGUGCACACAGCAAUGGAGAGGGGCUACACUGCACAGGGGGAGGUCUUCUCAGCCCGGGACAUGGCUCUGCUUGCUGAAGAGGUGUGCGGGUGCCGUGCGGAGCAUUUGUCAGGAGGAAUGGGAGGGGCUAACUCGACCCUCAUCCUGAGACACCUCUCUGCCGGUCUUCCGGUCCUCAUUCCCUACGAUGAGGACUUCAACCACGAGCCCUGCCUGCGCAGCGGCCACAGAGCACACUGGGCCGUGGCCUCAGGGAUUCUAUUGGGGGUGGCACAGGGCAGUCUGAAGAAGGGGUGCUUCCAGUCAGACCCUGCCCUGCCCUGGCUGCUGCUGCCGCAGGACGCCCCCUGCUGGCGGGGCGAGGCGGUGGAGGAGGCGUACGUCCUGGCCAAGCAGGGAAAGAGCCUGCACUACCAGCUGUGGCCACUGGAGGCACUGGAGAGGAGCAACGGCCAACUGCGGGAGAUGGACCCGCAGCGGGCGGCCGAUGGCAAGCUGUACGUUCUGCCCCAGGGAGGGCUGGAGGCGGGGCUGGCGGGACAGGUGGUGCUGUUGCACAGACAGUCACCCUGCUGAAAAUGCGUAACUGGACUGAAGGACUGCUGCGUCGAAACGAAGGCGGUGAUGGCCGCAGGGGCAAAAAGGAAGGACCGUCUGCUCUCUUAAAGAAAUACAUAUAUAUUUUUCAAUGGGUCACUGAUGACAAACCCAGUUGCAUUUUACAGUGGUCACCUACGUUUCAAUAAAAUAUUUUACUAAGUA